AUGGCAACUCGCGUAUACAACGGCGCCUACGCCCACCACCCCCACACCGACAGCCGCCCCGCCCGUGACCCCAGCCCUCCCACCGUCCCAACACUGUCCAUCCCUUCGCCAGCCAGCAUGGCCCACCACCGCCCAUACACUGCCCACGCCGGCAUGCACGUCUACACCAACAGCAUGGCAGGCGACGCCAGCAGCAGCCCACGCUCCCCAACGUCGGCGUACGCGCAGCACGUUUCAGCACUCUCGGUGGAACCAAUGCGCACGGUGCCCUUUGCGGCGUCCGCGAGCGGCUCUGGCGCAGGUGCGUCAACCGUCAUGGCCUCGACGGGGUCCACCUCUGGCGCCGACUGGAGCCGCACGCACGGCCACUCGCGCUCCAACUCGCUCGCCGCAAGCCGGCGCGCCAGCGUUGAGGUGUCCGAGGAGAAGGGCGGUGGUGGUAACAACAUGCUGCCCCGCUCCCCCACGUCGCCCUAUGGCCACGCAAGGAUUCCGUCUCCUUUGGCGCAGUCACCGCACUUUCCUCCAGCAUGGACCGAGCCCGCAGCAGGCGUCGAGGCCCAGUUGCCCCCGCGCGUGCGGCCGCCAGUGGCCGACCUGCUGGGUCGCGCCGUGCGUGAUCGGUUCGCCUGCAACUCGAAGAGCGGCGCACUGGGCCGCGGACUCAUUAUCGGCUGGAUCGUGACCACCCUUGGCUUCGUCGCAGCAGCUGCGUUCUGGAAGGGCGAGCUGUUCUCAGCCCUCGAUAACCUCAGCAAGGAGCUGUAUGACAUGGGCUACCAAGGUCUCGUCGUCUACGCCGUUCUCAUCUUUAUCACCACCAUCCCCCCUCUUCCCCUGUAUUCGACUCUUAUCGUUCUUUCUGGCUACACGUUUGGCGUGUGGCACGGCUUCGUGGCCAGCUACAUUGCGUCGCUCGUCGGCGCCGUCGUCGUGUUUGUCGUGUCCCGCACUCUGUUGCGUGACGCCGUCACCCGAUCCCUGGCGUCCUCCCCCACUGCGACGUCUCUCCUCAAAAUCAUCCCCCAGAACCCCCACCUCCUCUUGCUCAUUCGAGUCGCUCCUUACCCUUACAACCUUUUGAACGUCGUCCUCGCGUCAGCACCAAGCCUGUCCCUCAAGACGUACACGGCGUGCACCGCCAUCUCCCUGUGCAAGCUCGUGUUGCAUACGUGGAUCGGUGCGGGCAUCCACGACCUGUCCGCGGCAUACACUGGCAGCGAGGACGACAGCAAGACACCUGCCCAACCCCCCUCCGAAGAGGACCUGCACCACGAACGCGUAAAGGCCGGCAUGACGUACGGCGGCCUCAUCAUGUGCUUGGUGCUGUUCGUGUACCUCACCCACCUGGCCAAAAAGGCCAUUGCAAAGGCACAGGACGAACAGCAUAUUGUGCGCGAAGAGGAGGUCGCCUUCCUCACGCCCAUGGGCGACGCGCGCGAGCUCGACGACAGCUUCUAA